AUGUUGCUUCUACAUUCCGCAGGAGAUGCCAAACACUGCACGGUUGAAAUUAACAAAUUUCGAAAACAAGUGGAUCCGCAAGCAAACAACUACAUGGAAAGUGAUGAGGGGAAUCCAGCAGAGGACCUUCAAAGCUUCCUGUCAACGGGGGGCGAAUACCCUGCAGUGUUCAACGAAGCAAAGGAGCCAUACACUAGGUCGAACGCUAUACCUUUUGUCAGCUUAUUGAGCGAUAAGGCAGAGAUCAUUUACUGCGGCACCCCAAAAGGUUGUGACACGGAAAGCAUUAUUUGCUAUUUCAAGCCGUCAAGCAUAGCUGAAGGAGCCCAUCCUGUGAGUCGCCAGAUGUGGCACAAGGUUGAAGAAGCUGGACGCAUCAAGCCCUCGCUGGAGGCUCACGGUGAUGAGUAUAAAGACCUUUUGGAAGCCGUCAAUGCUGUGCGUACUGUCAAGGGGCUGGGCCUUCCCGGAUUCACUGCUCCAGUGGAGACGGAGGAUAUGAAAAGGAGAGACACGAUUAACGAUGCCACACCUUAUGAGAAUGCAUUGUAUAACCUGACAUGCGAAGAGAUAAAGGAUUCAACAAUCCAUCCAAAUGUUGCUCAAGGAUACACUCUCAUCUACGCCAUUAACGAAGGGGAAGAUCCCCCAACAGCGGAAGAAGCAGUCGAAUUCUGGAAGAGCGGAUUCACUAAGCUUGGCACCGACGUUCCACCGGCUUUUACUGUAAAAAAGUCCCAACGCACUGAAGGAAUUGACGGCACAAUCUACUACGACAACGCAGUUGCAGGUUUCGCUUCUAUGAUGGUUGAUGGCACCCGCGAGAUGAGGUGCUAUAACGCUACGGGCUGUGACAAUGCAGCUGUUAUCUGCUUCCUUUCAGAGCCGACCUUGGUGGAAAAUCGCCAACCCAUCAGAUACAUACUGUCCGAGCACUUGUGCUAUCUACCCACAUUCUGA